AUGGCGAGACCCACCUCGACGCAAAACCAUGGCGAUCUAGAGUGCAGUAUAAAAGAGAUAGAUCGCGCAUAUCUCGACGACGAGGCUCCAAAAUUCGAUGAGUAA